AUGUCCCACACACUCGUCUUUGCCGGCGGUAACGCGGAGAGGCCUGACGGUGGCUCCGCAGCUGACAGCCAGAGUAGCGGCGCGGCGCGGCAGGGAGAAACGCGGCGUGAUCAUGCUUUGGCUUCCCACGUGUGCUCCAGGCAGGCCACCCUCCAGAAAGCGGGCACCGCGGGAAAAAUAUGUUUUGCCGUCCUCGACGUCUCGGAUGACCGCCGCUACAAGGUCUUUCUGCGCCCCGACGAUAUUUCGAGGCUGAAGGUCUCCAAGCUCCGCAAGACGCUCAGCAGCGCCUCAGGAAGACCGCCCUCCUCGUUUGUUCUUUGGGUUGGAGACGCGCCGGUGGUUGGCAACGAAGAUGCCACUUGUGCCGCGCUGGGCAUCACGCCACAGACGGUGCUGCGCAUGUGCCCACCCGAAGCGGCGCUGCCGCGACCCACCGAGGCCGAAACGAGAGCCGCGUCCGACGGCACGAGAGGGGCGAAGGAGGCUGCCAGCGCCACGGAAACCUCGGUGUCACGCGUAGAAAAAGCUCUGCGAGAGAUGUCGGAAAAUGUGGUGGAAUCUCCGUCGUUGCUGGCCCUUAACCAGCGGCAGCGAGAACUGCAAGCUCGGCUGUACGAGGAGGCAAAACGACGCCACGUCUUUGCUACAGACGACGCGGUGUGCGGAGGGGGCAGGGGUGGAGAGGACAACAACGACACGCGGGCCCCAUUGCUCCCUACUCGGGCAGGACAGGCGUCAUGCCCGUGCAACACGGCGCCUGCUGGGAUUCAAGAAGAACGCACCUUCUCAGACGAAGGCUUUGUAGUAUUUAUGAACGAACUUCUCAAUCCGGGGGCGCCGCAGCAAGGCGGCUCCCCCCCGCCAGUGACCUCCGAGGAGUGCUGCCGGAAGAUGCCUGACGAACGCCAACCACCCGCGGCGGCAGCGGCAGCUCCCCAGCAUACAACCCGCCUCACUAGUAGCAUUUCGUGUUUAGAGACAGUUUUGCAUGAUGGGCGACUUGACGGCAUGUAUUCCCGAGAAGUUCCCGCUGCCUCUGCCUCUGUCCCCGUUGCCUCUUCUUCGUCGGAACGGACAAAGUGGGGUGAUAAAAAUAAGGGGACAAACGAGGCGUCGCCAGGCAAGACGGGGGCGGCAGCACCUACUUAUCCCGCGAUGCAAGGGGCGGAGUUAGAGGUCAUGCAGGUAGUGGAGGAGCUGAAGGAUGACGUGAAUAACCUCCUUGCCCUCCAGGUGCGAAACGAGACCACCAAACGCGCCCUUCAGCGGGAGCUUUCCUCCUCACAGAGGCUUGUAAAGCAGCUGGAGAAGAAAGCGGAGGAGACACGCCAGCAGCUUGAUGUCUUUCUGCUGCAGCUCCGUGACGCCCACGCCACGAACGGAGUUGAAGCGUUUUCCGAGGCGGAGCUUCGCGUGGCACUGCGCAACAUGGCGGCCUCGCAUCAGAAUAAACUCCUCCAGCGAGAAAAUGCCGCACUUGAGCAACGGCUUGCACAGGAGGUAGGCAAGCGCCGUGAGAUGGUCUUCGCGUUGGAGGAGAUGAAAGGGCACAUUCGUGUGUUAGUGCGAGUGAGACCACCAUUUCGCCUUUUGCGCGCGCAGAGGUCUGAGAUGGAGGAAACCAAAACCUUCUCUGGCAAGAGUAGCCUGGACGAGGCACGCGUGACGGCGGACGAGGGGCAAAACACGAUUGCUAUCGCGGAUGCCCGCACGGGUUCGAGGCAUUUCAGCUUUUACCGCGUCUUCUCGGAAAAUUCCACGCAGGCAGAGGUGUUUGGCGAGGUCGCGCCACUCGUGCAACUUGCGUGCGAUGGGGUCAAUGUCUCCGUGCUGGCGUAUGGACAGACUGGGAGCGGCAAGACGUACACGAUAUUGGGCGGUGAGGGGCAGCAGCCCACCGCGGCGUUGGCGACGACGGACGAUUCAGUUGGCGAAACCGACAAGCACGCGGAUGAUGAUGGUAUUGUCCCGCGCGCCCUGCGCAUGCUCUUUCAACACCUGCGCGUGGAAGCGGCGACGGAGGCGGCCAUCGUGCCGCACGAGAAUGACAGGUACCACGACGAAGUCGGCGCCGCCUCCAUGUAUGAGGUUUCCUGUAGCCUACUCGAAUUGUACAACGACAAGGUGCAAGAUUUACUUGCGCCCCCGCAAGUCGUCGUCCCCGCCUUUCAUUUCGGCAGUAGCAACGCCUCCGAGCAACGUGGGCCAGCACAGGUGACCCCACGGUGUGCACUGAAGAUUGGAGCUGAUGGCCGCAUGUAUGUGGUGGGUCUUACACAACACGUGGUGCGCGAGGCACGGGAGGCGCUGCUGCUGCUUCGUGAAGGCGCCUCUCGACGUCAGGUGCACGCCACCCAGCAGAACCCUUCCUCAAGCCGGUCCCAUCUUAUUUUCACCGUUUACCUCACUCAGAAACGUCGCACUAUUGUGCGGAAAGACACUGCCUCUAACCGUGCCUCGUCUAUUGCCUUCAAGCAACUGGAAAGCAAAUUGGUUUUUGUGGACUUGGCAGGGUCGGAGCGGAUUGCAAAGUCACAGAGCGUGGGGGACCGCCUGUUGGAGGCGCGGUAUAUCAACAAGAGCCUGGCGGCGCUGGGCGAUGUCGUGGCGACGCUCUCCAACGCGGCCACGGCGAACACCACAGCCGCACAUGUUCCUUACCGAAACAGCGCCCUCACUUCACUCUUGCAGGAUGUGAUUGGAAACCGCAGCAAGACGCUGCUUCUCGCUUGCGUGGGCCCAAGCGACCCGCCGUACGAGAAUCACACGGCCGAGACCGUAACCACUCUGCAGUUCGCCAGCCGAGUGCGGUGCGUGCGAAACGUUGCACCACCAUUUCCAUCCACAGGGGCAACUGGGGGCGGUGCGCCUUCCAGAGGCUCUGGGAUGCCGAAUGUGGAGCUGGAUGUGAGUCACCCACGCACCGCGUCUUCCUCAGGACGAGGUGCGACGAAGCUUUGGAUGCGGCCGACGCAGUCGUCGAGGCAAAGGGCCGGUGCUGUGGUUCGUCCCAGUGCCGUCGCAACGAACGAGGCAGACUGUGACGAAGAAGAUACUUGCACACAACCGCCUGCACCGCUGCAGCCGCUGCGGGGUAACGAUCCUCACGCCGAACAGCUGCCAAGAAUGCGGUUUUAG